UGCUGGUUUUCUGUUUGCUCUUUUUUGUUCCCUUUUGUUUUUUCGAUGAUCAGCAAGCUGCUGGUUUGAAACCUAAGUUGUUUUUUCUUUGGUUGUAGUAGUCAACAUUUUUGGUAAGUAAAAUUUUUAUGUUUGUUUGUGCCUUGCUAUAUGGUGGUCAAGAUCUCGAAAAACCCAACUUCUGCUUAUUUUCUCCCUAUAUAUAUAUAUAGUCUUGACCAUUGAAGUCUUGAGUCUCAAGUCUCUAGUCUUUAGUUUCUUCUAUGAACAAGUCUCACCCCCUCCAUUACACCAUUACCAUUUUCUUUACUUCAUUUUUUUAGGUCCACAAGCUCGAUUUGUCUAUAACUUCUUACGCAUUCAUGGAGGAUGAUCAAGAAAAACAGUUUGAGCUUCUAAAAAAUCAUCAUCUCCAUCACGGUGAUCAUUUUCUGAAUGAGAGCUCUUUGCCUCCCAUGAAGAACAGCAGGAUGCUGAAAAUGAAGCUCAAGUGUAAUUCUAAUGUUAGUAACAAAGAAUAUGGUGACGAGGAGAAGGAAACUAGAGUCAGUGAUGUUUGUGGUAAAAAUGUCAGCUCAAGAAAAGCUUUAGGAAUUCAUAUGAGACUUCAUGAUUUAGGUUACUUCAACAAACAUGAAGAAUACGAAGAAGAAGAUUAUUAUGACAACAAGGAUAAUGAUGACGUAACGUGGCAAAGAAUAAAGAAUGAAAACAAGUGUUCAUCGACAGAACUAAUGAUGGGAAAGAAUCACAAACACCACCAACAAAUCUUUAUCGAUGUCAGUGCUGCUACUUCUGCUGCAGCUGCAGUAGUAAAUUCCAAUUACAUUAAUCUUAGCAGCCACAACAACGACAAUACAUGCCGUGUGUGUGGAAAAACUUUCCCCUCGAGGAAGUCAUUGUUUGGUCACAUGAGAUGCCACCCAGAAAGAGAGUGGAGGGGAAUUGAGCCCCCUACAGCUGCCAUGAUUGCAAAAGAUAAAAACUACAGUAAUUCGUCUUCGUCCAUUUCAUCAGAUACAAGAGAAGGGCAGAAGGUGGAUAAUCCAAUGAUGAUUGAUUCCGCAAGGGAAAACACACCGGCGAAGAGGAAAAUGAAGCCUUCUGCUCCUACUACUAACCGGUGUUCAUCGCCGUAUUCUGAUUUAGUAGAUAUUGAUCUUCCGAAGUGGUCUGUGACCGCAAAGAGAGGUCGUAGAAGUCUUACUGAUUCUGGGGAGCUGAACAAUAAUGAGAAGAAUAUUGCUGUUGACUAUUCAGAUGAGGAAGACCAAGAAAAUGUUGACGAUGAAUGUACGUUACCUACUGAUCCAGGGGCUUGCCAUCUGAUGAUGUUAGUCAUGGCAGCAGCUCAGUCAGAGUCGACUCCUAUGGAUCCAUCAGCCUUACAGUCGACCAUCAAGCAGAGAAGAAAUGAUAAAAGCCAACAAGAUGAUGACUAUUCUAACAACCACAGCUGCUCUGAGGUGGACAAGGAAAGUAGCGAAUGUAAAGGUGUAAGUGAUCAUCAAGAGAUACUUAAUGGUAAAAAAAGAAUGAAAACUGGAAACUACCCAAAAGGAGGAUUAUCUUUGAAGAAGAAAAAGAAGAAGAGGCUCAAGGUACACAACAAAGAAUCUGAAAUUGGGUACAUAUAUGAUCGAACGAGCAAGGUGAUAGUGGAGGACUCUGAUGCUGAAUUUGGGGAUGAGUAUACUAAGUUGUCCGAGAUGAUGAUGAGAAAGAAAAGGAAGACAAUGAAGUUAAAAGAUUUAGCAAGGGUGGUUGAUGAUGUCAGGAAGCAGGAAAUGGAGUUCAGUAUUGCAGAGAGAUUCAAUUGCACAAGUUGCAACAAGUCCUUCCCAUCUCACCAGGCAUUGGGUGGUCAUAGAUCAACCCAUAAAAGUAACAAGAUUAAUCAACCGAAAUAUAAGAGCAAUAUUGAAGAACUUACUGCUGGUGGACUAGUGAUAAGAAGAGAAUCUGAUGAGGAUGAGGAAGAUGGGCACAAUUUUUAUGGGCUGGUCAACAAUGAGAGUGCAAACAUCAAGCAAACCCUUGAAGACUUCAGUUUUGAGGUUAAGAGUGUAGAAUCCAUUUCAAAAUCAAAAUCAAAGUUGAUGGCAGCGGCAAUGACCAGUAGUAGUAAUAUCAGUAUGCAAACUCAUCGAUGUAGCAUUUGCGGGAAGACAUUUCCAACAGGUCAAGCACUUGGAGGACAUAAGAGGCAUCACGGAACUAGCCCAAGUCCUAGUCCUAGCCCGUCGUCUGUGGUGGACAGAAUUCCCCCUCCUCUAUCAAGUAGCUCAUCAGUGGGAUCGGCUGAAGUUUUCAGUAGUACUAAUACAACAAUCACUACUAAUAGUUUUACAACUGCUGCUACAAGAGGUCAUCGAGUGGUGUUUGAUUUCGACCUGAAUGAGCUGCCAGUGAUGGAAGAAUAAGCACGGCAAUGGACCUGAUCGUGCGCAUGAGGUUAAUAUCACUGUAGAUGACCCGCGUCUUUUUCCUGAUCACGUUAAGUUUUAGCUUUUAAUGUAGUUGAACAUGAUGAGAUCAUGUUAGUUAAUCAUAUGUUUCUUUUCAUGCACUAAAUGGUUUUUAGUUGAAAAACUAGCUGUUGGUAGCUCGAAUACUGGGUUUAUGAAAGAAAUGAAGAACAGUACGGCAAAUGUUCAGUUGCAUAUGCA